UUAGUGUUAUUUUAUUCAAUAUGUUAAUUAUUUCAUGGCUCAGAUUAAAUGUAUUCUGUGUUUGACAGGAUCCAGAGGACAGUACACUGUGACUCAGACUCCUGCAGUAUUGUCUGCUACUCCUGGACAAACUGUCACUCUGAACUGUAAAGUCAGCACUGAUGUCUACUACCACUCCUCAUAUGGUCACUAUCUGCACUGGUACCAUCAGGUAUCUGCAGAGCCUCCUAAACUCCUGAUUAAAUAUGUGAACCAACGCCAGUCUGGCACUCCAUCUAGAUUUACUGGUAGUGGAUCUGGAAGUGAUUUCACUCUGACCAUCAGUGGAGUUCAGGCUGAAGAUGAAGGAAUUUACUACUGUCAGAGUUUCCACUAUCCUGGAAGGGUUGUAUCACUGUGGUACACGUUUGGAAGCGGCACUAGACUUGCUGUUGGAACCGACACCCGUCCCACGCUGACCGUCCUGCCCCCGUCCGGCCAAGAGCUGUCCUCAGCCAAGGGCACGGCCACGCUGCUGUGCCUGGCCGACGGUGGCUUCCCCUCCAACUGGGCGCUGGGCUGGAAGGUGGACGGCAGCAGCAGGAGUGGCUUAGCUACCGACCCGGCGCCCUCAGCCAAGACCGGGCUGUACAGCUGGAGCAGCACCCUGUCCCUGACCUCCGCCGAGUGGGGUAAGGGCGUCUCCGUGACCUGCGAAGCCACCCAGGGCUCCCAAACUGCUGUCACCACGGUCAUCAAGGGAGGCGAAUGUUCUUAGUGGUAGAUACAGUUAACUCAAGUCUUAAUCUGAAAGGCUUGUCAUUUGUUUUGGUGUCAUUUCUUUUCUUUAAGCGUUUUAUGCUUACAGCAGAAGCAAACCAUUAUUAGCAUGCUUUUACUGUGUUUUAGUGGGCUAUUGUGUUUAUUGCCCAAUGUAAUCCUUUGAAAUGUAAUCGGUAGAGUGUGCUUGAUUUGGUGUGGCAACAUAUAAAAUAAAACUUUCCUCUGAAACAUA